AUGUUACAACAUGCAUUGGACGUGUAUACACCAGAAGUCUUUACCUUGUUCCAGAAGGAAUACAUAGCAAUAGGUGAUUAUGUUGCCAAAAGGGUUAAUAAGUCUGAGAUGGUGAGUGCUGAAUACAAUGUAUCUUUUCGUGGUGUUGGAAGAAAUCAUUUGGUUAACUAUCUUGCUGCAAACGAAACGAUACAUUGUAGUUGCAUGAAGUUUUCUUUUGGUGGAAUCUUAUGUCGUCAUGCAUUAAAAGUGUUGGCCAAGAAGGAUGUUAGGAGAAUUCCACCUACUUACAUUCUGAAUCGAUGGAGUAAAGAGGCUAAAGCACGAACCAUAUCCUUUUAUCAUUCAGCGACACCUAAUGAUACAGUGAAGCAAUUGAUCGGAAAGCGAUAUAGUCAUAUAUGUCGUACUUUCCGUGAGAUUGCGUCUGUUGCUGCUGAACAUGUAGACCUGACGUUGUGUGCAGAUGAAGCUGCCUCUCAGUUGCUUGAAAAGUUGGUGGAAAAGAAAAAGGAACUUGUGAAAGCUAAUAAAUGGAUGGUCCACUCUUCAGAUUUUGGACUUGUGGAAGAAGAAGAUGAAGAAGAAGUUCUAAACGCACGUGGAAUAAAAAGAAAAAAGCCUCCUGGACGACCAAAGAACCAAAAAGUCGGACGCCAUGAUCGAUAUAUGAGUGUGCUUGAAACAAAAAAUCGUGGUAUAUCAAAAUCAUCCAAUAAUGCUACAGCCAAAAAAAAGUUGUCAUUUCAGAAUUCAAGUCUUCCUCUUGAUACUCAGUUACCUGUUGCUGCCACUAGUCUCACCUUAGACAAUGAAACUUCUUUUUCACAACUGCUCCAGGGAUUUGACAAGAGUUGUGGUGGAUCACCGUAA